ACGGAAUACUCCGCAUAUGACUAGGUGCUCCACCUUACUGGCCUCCAACCGGUUGGCCCCCAACACAUUUGUCAGACAUGGCAUUUGAAUCAUGCAUAAUAAGCCGCCCCAGAUUCGCAAGACGCGUCCCACAUCAGCUGGAGUUCGUUCCACUGCCCGAUCUAUUCCGCCGUCAGACUAAACGGUUUCGAGAUGGGCGCAGAGCAAAGUCGACAAUUGGGACAGUCACUCCUGGACUGGGGCAACGCCUCCAGGCAUGGAGCGCCGCCGGGGGAAGGGAUCCUCCCGGUUCUUGAAUCUGUGUGGCAACAGCUGGACUGCGAAUUCAAAGAGAGCUUGCUGAAGCGUCUACGGCUCAUAGUUGCGCCAGACAGGUUUGACGGUGCUGGGACCGUGAUGGUCAAUAGCAUAGUCAAAGAAAGCCAUCAUCUUUGGACCGUGCGGCCUGAGGCGUUUUUUGGUGAUGAACUCUCCAAGCCCUCUCUGCAAGAAGCUGCACAGUGUUUGGACAAUCAAAAAGGCCAAGCUGAGUACCAGCAACGUUUCCUCCACAUGGCAAUGGCUUAUGUGAGAGGGACGCAUGGCUAUAAGAUAGCCGAGUCCGACAAACACCGUGUCUAUGAAGGAAAGCGGAACGCGGUGCUUGCCUCUAAAUUUACGCUUGGUGCGCCUUUGGUCAUCAAUAUCGCACGUUCGACGUAAGUGCCCCCCGCCCAGGCGCGCCUCAACCAACUAACAACUCCAAGCCUACGAAAGUUGCCUGUUGAAG